AUGGCGCAAUUCCGGGCGAAGAAGCUGGAUCUCGGCGGCUUCGUUAACAUCAAGAUCAUCCGGGAUCACACCAAGCGGAAAGUGUUUGAGCAGAAUGAGCCGGAAAGACAAGCCCUCCGCUACAUCAUCCGCAACACCUCGCUCCCACAACGCAUGCGCACGCAGGCGCAGCUGCAGCUGACGCAGAUGCAUUGCUACACCCAACCGACGCAGAUCAAGAAUCGGUGCAUCAUGGGCGGGAAGGGGAGAGGUAUCAUGGCGGACUUUCGCAUGAGUCGGUUUCAGUUUCGAAUGAAUGCAUUGGCGGGGAAUCUGCCUGGAGUGAAGAAGGCGAGUUGGUAG